CCGGUGGCUGAAUAAGUUGAGUGAAGAGCCUCGACGAAUAAAUGUUUCGUUGCCCGUGUUUGGUGAUUCGACGAGCCCUGGGAUCAAUUGAGAGUCGUCUCACAACAUAUACCUCUAGAAUAAUAAUCUUUGACAAUAAUUACAUCAAGAUGUCAGAAGAGGUUACCGUGAAACCUCCCUACGAGGUGAUCAAUUUAUCAACUCUGCCGAAUUUGAACAUCCAACAACUGACAAUGUUUAAACAACAAUUAGACAAGGAGCUCGAAGUGUUUCAGGAUUCUUUGCAUACUUUAAAGAUCGCGCAAAGCAGAUUUCAAGAAUCAGGGGCUUGUCUUGAAAAAAUUACGCAGGCUGCCGAAGGCAACGAAAUACUAGUACCUUUGACAGGUUCUAUGUAUGUGACUGGAAAACUGGCAGAAGCAAAUAAUGUGAUUGUAGACAUUGGUACUGGUUAUUAUGCAAAGAAAAAUGUUGAAGAAGCAAAGGACUAUUUUAAGAGAAAAGUGGAUUAUGUGACGGAGCAAAUGGAAAAGAUCCAGCAAGUUGGAAUUGAAAGAACCAAAUUGAGAGAAGCAACAAUAGAUAUAAUAGAUACAAAGAUUCAACCUCAUUGGGAAAAAGAUCGUGGAUUAGGAUUUCGAAAGUGAUAAUUUUAAUUGGACGAUUUUAUUUUAUAUACAUCGUUUCAUCAUAAAUAAUUCAUUUCUAUUUGGAAAUUUUUGUUUAAAAAAAUCAAUGGCUUUAAGAUAUUACAUAUGAAUGCAACUGAUUCCAUGUAUAAUAGUAAUAAGAUGGUUUUAUUUAGUACAA